AUACACCCUGAAUGGGUCGCCAGCCCAACGCAGGGCUAUAUAUAUAAUAGGAACAAAAACAUUUAUGAACAAUUUUCUUUCAUGCACGAAAUUACAAGCACGUAUAGUAUAUAGGUCCUAAUUAGAAGCACGUAUAGUGGUUUAUAAAGUAAUGGUAAGAGCUAUGUCAGAAAGCAUUGACAGUGCAGUACAUUUGAAUUCCAGACAGUGUUUCCUGUCAGGAAUGUGCUGACACUAUGUGCUGGACAGUAAGUUUUGUUGGAUUCUGCUGUCUAAGGGCACCACAGUCUCUUGGCAUAUCACACAAAUGGCGGUGCAGAAGCUAAAAUAAGCACAAUAAAACAAAUUACUCCUGGAUACUCUUGGACGUCUCUGUGGUGAUGAAUAAAACAGGAGAAGCAAAUUACAAAUAUCAACUAAAGAAGAUAGAAGAUAUGUAACAAUAGCAAACCCCCUUUUAAAAGGUUAUUUAAAGAACCAUACACAGCCGGGCUUUUUUACUAUAAAAAAAGAACCAUUAGGAUUUCAAAUGGUUCUUUGAGUUAUCAUGGUUCCAUAUAUAAGCAUUGCCUUUACUAAAGUUAAUGGACCAGUUUUAAGAAUAUGGCAUUAUUAUAAAAGCUGUAUAUUAAUGUAUUCAGAUAAAGCAUUAAGCCAAGGCCAAAAUUGGUUAUGGUUUAAGGUCAUGAGAAACUGCUGUAUUUGGGCAGAACUUCAAUAAUCUGUAAUUUCUGAUAAUACAAAUGUAUAUUAAGCCUACGUUUCAAUUCAGCUAUUUCAGUUCAUCUGUAAAGUAUUAUAAUUCCAAGGCUUUUGUGUACUUAAAAUAAAGAUUUAGCACAUUAAUGUAUCAUGAAGUAUGUGGAAAUGAUAUUAACAUUAUAAAGGUACAUUUUUCAUAAUCUCAUUAUUGUUUUUAAAAAGUUUACACGAAUCCAUAGUUUUUCCUAAAUAAAUGAAAUGGUACAGAAAGUUGAAAUGUAAAUGAAAUCACACAUUGACAGCCUAAAUGGGCUACAUCUUAACAGUAUCAAUUGCCCAUUACAUCACCAACUGCCCAUUAUCACAGACAGUUCAGACCAAUCCAUGUUGACUAGCCUGCUAUAAAGCAGACUCUACCUCCAUUCCUCCUCACUAGAGCCUUCUUGUUCACUUGGAACAACUGCCUUCAAGAUGUCUACAUGUGAAGCCUGCAGGAACACCGUGAGCACGGACAUCUCAUUCUACAACUUUCCCCAGAAGGAGGGGUAUCUUCAGCAGUGGAUAGCCAACAUGGGAAAACCUGAAGGGUGGACUCCAUCAGAAUCUUCGGUAUUAUGCUCUGCUCAUUUCAGCCCAGAGUGCUUUGAUGGUUCAGCUCAUCUACUUCCAGAUGCAAUUCCCACUGUUUUUUCUCCAGCUGAGUUUAUGGAAGCGCAAGAUGUAAAAAAGCCUGGAAAUCUAACCGAAAAGCAAGAAACAUCAGCUACACUCACAGAGACCCCAAGAAGCAUGUGUGAUUGUGAGGAACGCCUUCAAACAAUUGAAAAUUUUUAUAAACUAAAAUUGCUUACUGCUCAACUUCAAAUAAAAAAGUACCAAAAAGAACUGUCAGAGCAGUCACACAAGGCUAUGAAAUGGCAAAGGAAAGCGUUGGUUUUGCAGUCUGCUGUGAAGGCCAUGAAGCUGAAGAAAUCAACGUCUUCAGCUGAAACAUCAGCGUCUUCUGAAAAACAGACUGACCUUGCUGAAGACUGAAGUAUCUUGAGUUAAAGAGCAAUGUUAAACAUAAUGCAUGUAACUUAAGCGGCACAUUACAGUUCUGUUUUGAUGACUUAUAUUCUUUCCUGGUUGAGUAAGCUUUAACCCUGGACAACUGAUCUGAGGCAAUUUUCCUGGUAAAUUAGAUGUGAGCAACCUCCAAACCACUUUAUCAUGAGGUAACAUUAACCACUGGUGUGAAUUCAGUUUGCUUUUUCAGUGCAAACACUCAGUCCAAGAUGCCAGGCAGUAACAGGAACGCAACCAUUUUCUCAGACAUACUAGUCCACACUUUGUGUAUGCAUACAUAAAAUUUGACCUAACUGGGGAAAA